AAUGUCCAGCGCCCCUCCCGGAGUCCCCGCGGCAGACAGCUCUCGCUACGAACACCUUCUCGUCACUCUUCACGAAGGCGUCAGGACUAUCACCUUCAAUAGGCCUGAGAAGAAGAAUGCUCUAAAUGAAAAGAUGUUUGAUGAAAUUGUUGAUGCCUUGCAAGAAGCUGCUGACGAUCCCAAUACCAUUAUCACAGCGACAACAGGUUCUGGAAAUGUGUUCACGGCAGGGAACGAUCAGACUAACUUCCGCACUUUGACCAUGGCUCAGACGAGGGACAUCCUCAUCAGAUUCAUCGGAGCCUUUAUCGAUUUUCCGAAACCUCUCGUGGCCCUGGUCAAUGGAGCAGCUGUCGGCGCAGGCACUACCCUGCUGCCACUUUACGAUGUUGUUUAUGCCAAGGAAAAAGCUGUCUUUUUCACCCCCUUCUCCGCGCUGGGCAUCACUGCGGAAGGCUGCUCUACUUACACCUUCCCAAAGCUUAUGGGUCCAGGACAAGCUACAGAAAUGUUGUUGUUUAACAGAAAGUUUUCAGCUGCAGAAGCAUGCAGGCUAGGCCUAGUGACUGAAGUCUUCCCAGAGGCAACAUUUCAGCAAGAAGUGCAACAGAGAUUACAGGCAAUGGCUAAGCUGCCUCUGAAGUCCCUUGUGUACUCGAAGAUAUUAACGCGUGACAUUAACAAGGAAGCCCUACAUAAGGUGAAUGUUGCUGAAUGCCAGCGUGUCACAGAGCGUUUUGUAGCUGUGAACUUGCCUGGCAAAGAGGAAUAUCAAGAGUUUGUUAUGAGUGACUGCAAGGGAAAAGCUUAACGGGAGACAAGACAUGGUGUUUGUGAAUUAGUGUGAUGCAAUUGAUAUAUAAGAAAUGGUACAGAAGACAAUAAUACUUUUUUAACGUGAGAAGAGACAUGGUGUUUGUGAAUUAGUGUGAUGCAUUUGAUAUAUAAGAAAUGGUAUAGAAGACAUGGUGUUUGUGAAUUAGUGUGAUGCAUUUGAUAUAUAAGAAAUGGUACAGGAGGCAAGGCAGGAGAUAAUACUUUUUUUAACGGCAGACGAGACAGAAGUUAUUGAUAUAAGAGAAAUAUUAUUUAGGGUACUGUGAUGAAUAUAUUACCUAAAUUGUUAAUUAAUGUCAUCGGUUUUAGAUUUCUCUUGUUUCCUAGAAU